AUGAUGCUCGCUUCACACCGAUUGUUGGAACAAGGAAAAAAAACUUCGAAAUUUUUCUAUUUUAAUAAUUAUCAAUGGAAAUUAAAAUCACCUGAACAAUAUGAAAGAGAAACGGGAAUUAAAUCCAAAGAAGCAAGAAAAUUUAUUUUUAAAAAUAUCGAUGAUAUUCAACAUAUUCAUUUAAAACAAGAUUUUCUCCCAAAUCAAUUACAAGCAGAAAAAUUAGAUCGAUUGUUUUUUGUUGAUUUACUUAAAAAAAUGAUUCAUUUGGAUCAAAAUUUACGAAUUACUCCUAAUCAAGCAUUAAAUCAUCCAUUCAUCACAAUGGAUCAUCUUGUUGAUUAUGCCAAUUGCAAUAAUGUUCGACAAAGUGUUCAAAUGAUGGAAGUUUGUAAAAAGACUCCAAACUAUCCGAUCAAUCACUUUUCAAGCCCUGUUCGUCCACCAGGAAAUGAAAUUUUAGUUUCAUAUCCAUUGCCACCAGCUGCGUAUUUUAUUCCACCAUAUCAAGUUGGAACACCUUUAUUUGUUCCUGUUGGUCCAACUGAUCGACCAUUUUUAAUUAAUAAUCCCACAACAUGGAGUCAAUUAUUAAUUCCUCCGUCAUUUGUUGGUUUGUUUAAUCGUCGUUUAACAACGAAUGAUUUUCCAAAUCAACAUUAUUUACCUGGAUCUGAAUCUUUUCAAAUCAAUUUAAAUGAAAAUACAAGAAAUAAUCUUCAACAACCUCAACCAGUUCAACCUCAACCUCAACCUCAACCUCAACCUCAACAACAACAGCAGCAACAACAAGCACGAUCAGUUUCAGUAAUAACUUUAUCAUCAGAUGAUGAUGAAGAACAACCACCAAGAAUUGCUCCACCACCUCCUCCAGGAAUGUCAUCUCAAUCAAUUAAUCCUAAUUUAACAAAUCGAUCAAAUAUCAAAAGAGAACGAAUAAGUAUCGAUCAUCGAGUACAAAAUUCUUUAAAUCCUUCAUUAUACGUCGAUCGUUUAAAUUCGGAUGAAAAUUUGUUUAAUGGAUUUGUUUCAAAUGAUCCUCGAUCAAUUGAAAUGUUCAUGUAUGGUGUAAAUGGUCAAAUCGAUCGAAAUGACAUUCGUCUCUACUAA